AUGACUCACAGGUAUGUCACUUGCACAAACAGUAAAACAAACAUUAUAUCUGGGUUCUAUUAUGUGUAUACGGCGGUGGCAGAAGGGCAGAAGAAAUGCAAAAUUUCCAUCCCAGAUCCCCGUUCCCAAAAGCAGAACAGCAAGUUUGCUGCACGGGGAGGUGACCACCCUCGUCGGGCAGCGCUGCCCGGGGCUACCGGCGAGUCUGCCUCCCCCACCGCCCCCCCCCCCCCCCGCCUCCGCCAGGCGGCCCGGCCCGCCCGUCCUCUCCACAACUCAGGGUCCUCGCCCCGUCCCCGAACGACUUUCUGCGUCCGGGAACUGAUUCCUGCUGCGGCCAGACUACACCGUCCCUGCACCCACAGUCCGCAGGGGCUCUCUGCAAGAGCCGGGAACAACAGCCCCGUGACCCAGGCGGUUUCGCGGGGGCAGGAACUAGAGCUCCCGGCCAGGCCAGGGGCGGCUACUCCCGGAGCAGACGAGCGCCCACCAGCCGUGACGUGCGCGCGGCGGGGCCGGGGACUCGGCAGGGCGCCGGCCGGCGGGUGGAGACGGACCCGGGAUCUGUCUGAGCAGGAAGCGAGCCGGAGACCGGUCGCCGCCACCGCCGCCCCGUCCCGGUGCCGGCGCUCGCCGUCGCUGUCUCCUCGCCCUCAUCAGCCCCGCACCCCACCCUCCAGCCUCACCGGCGACAGCCUCGCUGUCCGAGCCCGGCCUCUCUUCGAGGCCUCCGCCCGCCGCCCGGGGUCGACGAGCCGGCUCGGUUCUUCUCCCGGGGACGCCCGGGGUGAAGCAGGUGAUGAGUGGGCCCGGGCGGCGGCGGUUCCCGGGAGCUCAGGGCUGGGUCUCAUUUCCACAGGACAAUGA